GUCGAUGAAAUUGUCAGCGAGAAAGAGAAGUUAUGGUUUACAACAAGGCUAGCUGAUGAGAACAGAGACGGAUGUAAGGAUGGUAAUAUGCAAGAAUCUGAGUAUCCAAUGUAUUCACCGAUUCUAAAUCUCAAAUGUAUCAAGUAUCGUUGA